UACGAUGGAGAAGAGAUUUUUCUUUGUAGGGAAGGGACAAAAAAUUUUUGUUAUCUCUAUAACCAAGACAGAGAUUGAUAUUCUCUAUACUACAGGUACAGGGGCGAGAAUUGAGAUCCCCUUUUCGCCCCUUUUCAUUACCAUCCCUAUUAUAGCCUUUUUCUAUCGUGAUAAUUGUGUUUUACAUGUUCUUGUUUUGCUUCCUUGGGACUUAACAGUUUUAAUAAGAGUUUGAAUCUGUGUUACUUCCUCUUGUAUAUUCCGCUUUCUAUGUCUCCUCCAUAAAGAAUUAGAUAAGUUUGGCAUAGGUCCUUUUUGGAUAUAUGUAAUUAGACCCAAUCUUUUAGUUGAAGCCAGUUUCAACUCUAACAAUCGGGCAUAAUUAUCUUUUCCUUUAAAAUUAGUCACCUCUAUUAUUUGAAUUCAUGUUUACAAGCUAAUUUUGCAGAUGGCAGAUGUAGCCAAGGAUCUAAUUUCUGGGACUGUUGGAGGGGCCGCGCAAUUGAUAGUUGGGCACCCAUUUGACACCAUAAAGGUCAAGCUCCAAAGCCAGCCUACUCCACUCCCAGGCCAACCUCCCAAGUAUUCUGGUGCAAUCGAUUCUGUCAAGCAAACUAUCGAAGCUGAAGGUCCAAGGGGAUUGUGCAAGGGUAUGGGGGUGCCUCUUGCAACUGUGGCAGCUUUCAAUGCCCUCCUCUUUACUGUUAGAGGACAAAUGGAGGCAUUACUGAGGUCUAAACCUGGUGAACCCCUUACAGUUUACCAGCAGAAUAUUGCUGGAGCUGGAGCUGGAGUUGCUGUUUCAUUUCUUGCUUGCCCCACUGAGUUGAUUAAAUGCAGAUUGCAAGCGCAAAAUGCAUUAGCAGGUUCUGGUUCAGCCAUUGUGGCAGUGAAGUAUGGUGGACCAAUGGAUGUUGCUAGGCAUGUUCUCAAAUCAGAAGGUGGUGUAGGGGGUCUUUUCAAGGGCUUGGUACCCACAAUGGCAAGGGAGGUUCCUGGAAAUGCUACUGUGUUUGCCGUCUACGAAGGACUGAAACAGUACAUGGCUGGAGGCCAGGACACUUCUCAGUUGGGAAAAGGCUCUUUAAUAGUUGCAGGAGGUUUAGCUGGUGCUUCAUUCUGGGCAGCUGUCUACCCGACUGACGUUGUAAAGAGCGUUAUUCAGGUGGAUGACUACAAAAAUCCCAAAUUCUCUGGUUUCACGGUGGCUUUUAGAAAGAUCCUAAAAGCAGAAGGUGUCAAAGGCUUGUACAAGGGUUUUGGCCCUGCAAUGGCUAGAAGUGUUCCUGCAAAUUCAGCAUGCUUCUUGGUGUAUGAGGUGACAAGGUCUAGUUUGGGGUAAUUCUAUUGUCAGUCACAGGUUGCCGGCCAAUGGUUUGGGUGAAAAUUAGCACUGUUAUCAUAUUGCUCUUUUAAAAGCCACCUUCUAGUCAUUGAAUGAUGCCUCUUCAAUUAAAAGAAUGCUUUAGCAAUAUGGUAACAGGCUCCUUCAAGUUUUCUUCAAAUUUUAUUUGUGUUCUGGUAGAAACAUUCUUUUGAAAAUAACUUACAGAACUAACUCCUUUUUACAGUUUC